AAAAAAUAAUGAAUUUAUGCAUAAUAUUUACCGGUAAAAUAUUAUUGUUAUUGAUCAUCACUACUACAUCAUCAGUCGAUUCAUUAUUAUUUAAUCGUUUUAAAGGAAAAUCAAUUGAUCAAUUAAUUUAUAAUCGAUUUGAAUCAACCAAAUCGGAUAUAUCAUUUUGUAUAAGACGUUUUAAUCUGACGCAUAGUACUGGUUGUUCAUCCAAACAAGACGGUAAUAAUGGCCAUCCAUAUCAGAUAUUCAAUCAUUUGGAUAUGGAAACAAAAGUGUUAAUUGAACGAUAUAAAAAAUAUGGUCCAUUGAUUUUAAUUAUAAACAUACAGGAUUUUUAUUCAAUCGAUAAAUUACGACAAUAUCGUUAUCAAUUAAUUAAAUGGAUAACCGGUGUUAUUUUGAUUGAAAUUAGUGAUCAAUCAUCAAUGAAUUCAUCAUCAUCAUAUAGAUCAUAUUCACAAGAAUCACAUUGUCCAAAUAUUGGUUAUGGUAUACAAUUAAAAAAACAUUAUGGAAAUAAAACUCAUACUAAUAAUGAUAAUGAUGAUGAACAAAAAUGUUCACCUGAAAUACCUGAACCAAAUCCAUAUGAAAAUUAUUCCAAAAUAUCAUGGCCAUUUCCAUUUUUUUUCGUCAGAAAUAAAACAGCUAUAAAAGAAUUUCAAAAAUGUCAACAAAAAUCAAAUUGUCGUUUACAAUUAUUAAGUUUUAUGUAUGGUACAAUAAAUUCACAACGUUGUUUAAAACGUAGUCAAAAUGCAAUGGAUAUGGUUGAAAGUUCAUAUUGUAAAUUAAUACGUGCACGUAAUCUUCUUGCAAGUUUAUUUCCAGUUUAUGAAAAUCAAUCUAUAUAUGAAAAUCGUUCAAUAUUAUUAUUAACAGCAAGAUUAGAUUCAUUUACAAUGUUUGAUUCUUAUUCACCGGGUGCUGAUUCAGUUUAUUCAGCAUUCAUUGUUAUGAUUGCAAUCAUAUCAACAUUGAAUAAAAAUCAACAUCUUUUACAAACAAAUCGUACUGGUAAUCAGAUUAAAAAUAUACUUUACGCAUUUUUUGAUGGUGAAUCAUUUGGUCAUAUUGGUUCAAAUUCAUGGAUUUUUUAUAAUAAUUUUAUGGAUGAUCCAAGUGCAUAUGGUUCAAUAUUAACAUCAAAAAUUAAACUGAAAUCAAUCAAACAGGUAAUCGAAUUGAAUCAAUUGAUUGGUGAUAGUCAACAACAACAAUCAGGUCAACAAUAUUGGAUACAUUCAGAUGAUUCAAUGAAUGAUAAUAAUGAACCAACGAUAGCGGAAAAAUUUUUAAAAUUUUGUAAACGAAAUAAAUUUCUUAUGGCUAAUAAUCGACCAUUACCAUCAUCAUCAACAGCAAAACAAUUUCGUCGUUAUGAUACAGAAAUUGAUGCCCUACUGUUGGCCGGUUAUGGUUCAGAAAUACGUAAUCCAUAUUUUCAUAGUUUAUUUGAUUCAGGUCAUUAUUAUAAUUUGGAUAUUAUAGUCGAACGUUUAACGAAAAUUUCGGAUUUAGUUGUUAAUUUUUUAUUCGAAAUAUUAGCCGAACAAGAAUAUUCAAAAUAUCAAUUGAAAACGGAUAGAAAUCUUAUACAUCAACUUGUUGAUUGUUUAAUUGGAUUAUCAUCAAUUUGUGAUCUGUUUGAUUCAAAUUUAAAAUUAUUUGAUGUACAAUAUGAAUUUACUGCACCAAUACAACGUGAAACCGAUAUGAUGAUGAAUACGAUUGAAACACGUUCCACACAUAUUAAACAACGAAUACAAUUCAAUAUUGAUGUCAGACGUUCAUUACAGAUAAUAUUAUUUUAUGCAAAUUCACGAUUAAAAAAUUGUUCAUCAAUUUCAUCAACAAUAAUGGAUGAAAAUGGUUUUACCGUUAUACCAUUAGGAUAUAAUCAAACAUAUUUUGAUGGUGAUUAUCAUUCAAAUGAUUAUCGUUAUAGUCAAUGUUUAUUAUCACAAACAGUUAUGGAAGUAACUGAAUCAACAUAUGCUGAAUAUAUUGGUAAAGGUUUAUUAUUAUUAGCUGAUGAUCAAGAAAUGUUAAGACAACAAAUGAAUCAUUUAAUGAUGACAACAAGUGUUGAUUUUUCAACAUGGACUGAAAGUAAUUAUCAUAAAAAUUUUGCUUAUCGUCCAGUCAUACGGAUAUUUUUUGAACAAUCAUUUUGGUUAAAAAUAUUAAGCUUUUUUUUGGGUUCAUUGUUUACAUCAUUUUCAAUUUGGCUGAUCAAAUUGAUUGAAGAAAAUUCGGAAUAUUUUUUUAAUCAACAACAACAAUCGAACAAUGAUGGAAGAAGUUACAUCACUACUGUCGUUGGUGGCAGCACUGACAACACCACCACCACCACCGCCACCGUUACAAAUAAAUCGAACGAAUUUCGAACAUUAUCAUCAACAAUGUCAUCGGUAAAAUGUGAAAAACAUCAUAUUCAAAAAUUAAUGAAUUUACAUAAUAAUCAUGAUGAUGAUGAUGAAUAAUA